GUGUGAAGGGCAUGGUACCUUCUCUGCUUUAUUUCUACUUCUGACCUAUUAAACAUCGUCCAGAAGUCGGGAGCAGUUAACCUCGAAUCCGAACUUGAUUAUAUAAGUGCAUGACACAGUCUCAAAUUCAUUAUCUGAAUCGGUAUGGCUCUCAUCCACAUCUCUUGUCUCAUUUUAGCUCUUAUUGAUAUGUUAGUCUCAUAUGGUGGGCCCGCUUUUGUGGCGGCGAAAGUUUACAUGGUGGUGAUGGAGGAUGAGCCCGUUAUCUCUUACAAAGCAAGACACCACAGAGUGUCGAGUGAUGAAGAAGCUAAGAAGUACAAGGAGGAGGUGAUAAUUAAGCAUGAUAUAUUCCUUGAGUCCCUCCUGCCAACAGGGUCCUAUACCAAACUCUACAGUUACACUCACCUGCUGAACGGAUUUGCGCUCUAUACAACAUCUGAAGAGGCUAUUAAGAUCCUCAAUGGUGCGAGGGGAGUACGGGCCAUCCACGAGGAUGUCAAGAUGAAGAAGAUGACCACCCACACACCAGACUACAUUGGGGUAUCCAGGGUCUGGCCGGGGCUAGGAGGAGCCAAGAGGUCUGGUGAUGGAGUGGUGAUCGGCAUGAUUGACACCGGCAUCAAUCCCAACCAUCCGAGCUUUGCCAGCCAACUGCAGGAGAUCAUGGCCUCUACAAAUCUCCAGAGUUUCAGAGGGAGUUGUGAGGCAGGAGACGGGUUCCCUACCUCCGCAUGCAAUGGGAAGAUCGUGGGUGCUCAGUUCUUUGCACGUGCGGCUAUGGCGUCUGGGGAGUUCAACGCCACUCGUGACUAUGCCUCCCCGUUUGAUUCUGAUGGUCAUGGCAGCCAUACUGCCUCAAUCGCCGCUGGAAAUUACCGGACUUCAGUGUCCUCUAAAGGUUAUAACUACGGGUAUGCGAGCGGCAUGGCCCCUGGAGCUCGGAUUGCUGUUUACAAAGCUGUUUACUCUUUUGGUGGCUACAUGUCUGAUGUAGUAGCGGCAGUUGACAAGGCAGUGGAAGAUGGUGUUGAUAUUCUGAACCUCUCUAUUGGCCCUUCUUCGGUUCCCCAUGGGGCGGCUUCUUUCCUUGACAUAUUAGAGGUGGAGCUCUUGCUUGCUACUAAGGCCGGAGUUUCAGUGAUUCAAGCAGUAGGCAAUGGGGGGCCUGAUUUUAGCUCAGUCCUCUCCUUCAGUCCGUGGAUCAUGAGCGUGGCGGCUUCGAUCACCGAUCGGAAGUAUAACAACUCAAUAGCACUUGCAAAUGGGCAGGUCUUGUACGGCAUCGGCCUUUCACCACCGACGACGGGCAAAGUACUGUUCCCGAUAGCUUCCGCAGGUGACUUGAUGGCAACGAACUCGAGCUUUCCGAUUCUCCCAACUUGCAAUCAGUGGAACCCUUUAAUUCCUGCUCUUGUUAGAGGGAAGUUGAUCAUUUGUGCUUAUAUAGCUAGUUUUGACUAUGCCUCCACCGGCAUCCACGACACUAUCGAUGCUAUGCAGAGGAUGGGCGCAGCUGGAGUCAUAAUAAUGCCGGACCAUGAUAUUGAUUCUGAAUAUGGGAUUCAGACUCCACUGAGUUUAUCAUUCCCUGCAAUCGUACUUCAGAGCCCACAGGAAGCACAGCACAAGCUUAGGUUCAUGGAACACAAAUUGAUCAAUGCUCUGCAGGAUUACUACAAUGCCCACACAGUGCGGGGCAGAAGUGGUGCUGUCAUUAGCUUCGGGGCAACAGGCCGAAUUUGUGAUGGACGGCGCGCCUUCUACACUCGCCAAGGGCCUAUUGUUGCCUCCUACUCUUCAAGAGGGCCCGGCAUAAAUAAUAACCUCUAUGAGACGGCUGAUGUACUCAAGCCCAACAUUUUGGCGCCGGGCUCAACCAUAUGGGCCGCCUGGAGCCCCAAGAGCCAGAUUGUUGAAGAAUUUAUAGGUGAGAACUUCGCCAUGCUAUCCGGCACGAGCAUGGCGUCUCCCCACAUCUCCGGCGUCGCUGCUCUGAUCAAACAGAAGCAUCCCGACUGGAGCCCCGCAGCCAUUGCCUCUGCCAUGAUGACAACGGCCGACACCACUGACCGCAGCGGUGCCCGUCUGUCAGCCCUGGCCAACGACCAGCUCAGUGCCGCCACCCCGUUCGACUACGGUGCUGGGGCCAUCAAUGCAUUCCGUGCCGUUGACCCAGGCCUCGUGUUUGACGCCGACUUCAACCAGUACAUGCAGUUCUUGUGCUCUGUCCCGGGUGUUGACGAUGACUCGGUCAGGCGGGCUGUGGGCUCCGGCUGCCCAACCAACCGUAUAGAUUGGUGCUCUGACCUGAAUGCACCGAGCGUGACUGUAGCCAACCUGAUGAGGUCGAGGGUCGUGCUGAGGAGGGUGAGGAGCGUCAGCGAGGAGAGGGAGACGUACACAGUGGCUGUGCAGGAGCCUGAGGGGGUUAAGGUAAGCGUGGUGCCGAGGGUGUUCGAGAUAGCGCCGAACAGGACGAGGGCGCUGAGGAUCGUGCUCAAGGCACGGGAGGUGAGAAACACUUUCUCUUUCGGAGAACUGGUGCUCAGUGGGGAUAAGGAGCAUGUUGUUAGGGUCCCUCUUGCCGUCCUUGCGAGUAGUACGUUGAAAGUUAUCAGUUGAGGUCCGAGAACUUCUGGUGCUGCUAUAAAGAAAAUUUGGUACCGAAAAA